AUGCUCCGCCCUUCAUUCACUCCCCCUCCUCUCCCCCCCUUCCCCCCACAGCCAGUGACGUGGGCGAGUUUGGCGCUGCUGCUGCUGACGGGCGGCGCACUGCUGACGUACUUUGAGAGCGAGAAGCGCAAGCGACUUGAAGCGGUGAGGGAGUUGAAGCCGGUGGGCAAGGCGGCCAUAGGGGGUCCCUUCACGCUGGUGGACGGCAGUGGGGAGCCGUUCACAGACGCUGAUUUGAAGGGCCGCUGGACCCUGCUCUACUUCGGCUUCACCUUCUGCCCGGACAUCUGCCCCAGCGAGCUCAUCAAGAUCGCCCAGGCUGUCGACCUUGUGGAGAAGCAGGUGGGCGUGAAGGUGGUGCCGGUGUUCAUAUCAGUGGACCCUGAGCGCGACACCGCAGAGCAGGUCAAGGAGUACGUCAAAGAGUUCCACCCGAGAAUGAUCGGCCUCACAGGCACACCAGAACAGGUGAAGGCAGCAGCGCGGGCGUUCAGAGUGUAUUACAUGAAGACAGAGGAGGAGGGAUACGACUACCUCGUCGACCACUCCAUUAUCUCGUAUCUGAUGAGUCCCGAGUUUGAGUUUGUCAAGUUCUUUGGCCGCAACCACACGCCAGAGGGACUGGCAGACGGCAUAGCGGGGGAGAUCAAGGGUCACGGCAAGUAG